ACCACGCAGAUAAUUCGAUACCUCACAACAUCGGAACCAUGUAACGUGGGCUUGCCUCCUCUAAUUUGUAUCUCAAUACGCUACUCGUCAACAUCCUGUAUGGUGUGCUUCGCUGCACUGCAGCUGAAUAAUGUCUUAUGUGGCGGUAGAAACGUGAACACGCCUUGGAAAGUGUUCAAUGGUCAUCGAGCGUGCUGUAGCGCUAUGGAAACGUCAGCACUACGAGCAUUACAGCUCACUACUAGGAAUAACUUCGGCAUUCGUUUCGGUGCAGACACUUACUAUAUUACUGAAAGUCAAGUCUGCGACAUCCAGCUGAUACUGCUCCUAUUUCAGAUUGUCGUAUCAUUUGCUAUAACGGCAUGGGUUGUGCAGAAUGUAGAUUUCAGUACUCGCACCUUCUACUGUUCUACCGUCACCGAAAAAACUGUCAACCGAGCCACGAUUCUGACUUAUGGACUUUGCGGUAUCGACGUGAUUACCCUGCUCGGAAUUAUAUCGUUGUAUAUUUUUAACAACUAUGCGAUGAAACGGUUCAGAAGAUCGUUUAGUUUACAGUCAUAUCAACUUCGAGAAAAUGCCAACGUUAUUCGAGUGAUGUUGCCACUGACUAUCUUCCAAACGAUUUGCUUUUUUGUUUUUUCCUAUAGGGAGUCCUGUGAUUUUUGCAUUCCGUCAACAUAUGUCAUUAAUCACGUAUCAUGCGCUCAUCGCGGCUGUGUA